AUGUUCAAUGUCUUCACAUCUGUUGUUCGUGACCUGAAGUCUGAGCUCAGCAGCAUCAAGGACAAGAUCGAGGACUCUGUGCAUGACGCCAUUUCUGGAAGCUUCGAGCACAAGAAGAGGAAGGCGGACAAGUUCAAGAACGAAGCCGCCAAGAAGAACUACAUCCCCCUCGAAGAGACGCACAUCCGCUUCUCUGCUGUGAAGGAGACUGUCUCGGAGGCCAAGGAGUCUAGGAUUGGCAUGGCGCCUGAGCAGCUGGAGAAGAUGGACGAGAUCCUUGACGAAGGUUUGUCUAUUCUUCAGGAUCGCAUGCGUUUCUAUGAGGUUGCAGAGGCUGAGACCUGGGAUGUUGCCAAGAAGAUUGAUGAGCAUGAUUUCAUUCUCGACCUUCCUGAAGAUGUGAAGUCCAAGCUCAAGCGCGCCAAGAAGGAGGUCAAGGCUGAGACCAAGGACAAGUCUGCGCUGAAGAAGAAGAGCUCUUUUGGUUUCCGCAAGUUCCGCAGCAAGAAGGGUGGUUUCCAGAAGGGUUUUCAAGGUGGUUUCCAGCAGGGUGGUUUCCAGCAGCAUGCUGAGUUGGAGUCUUUACACCUGCUGGCUGACCUCACUGAGGCAGCCGAAUUUGAAGGUUUUCGUCGUGCUGCCAAGCCUUCUUCUUCGACCUCCUCUGGCCAACCUUCUGCUCCCAAGUCUGAACCCUGGCUUCGCAACCGCCUACGUCAGCACAUCGCUUUCUGGCGCACUUUUUGUACUUCUGCCUUCAUUCUCAGCAUCCUCACGUCUGGCUAUCAGCUCCCCUGGUCCGCAAACCCUCCGGUUGGCCCGAGGCUCUUCUCGAAUUACCCUUCUGCCUUCGAGUAUCCUGAGUAUCCUGCUGUCGCCUCUCUUGUUGCUUCUGGAGCAGCUCUUCAGGUCCAGAAUAGGCCUUUCAUUGUUAAAGCUCAGGUCUUAGGCGACUUCGCUCAGGCAGGUUUCGUUCUCUCUACUGAGAAGUGUCAGCUUCAGCUUAGCCACGUGGUGAAGUUUUUAGGGUUUGUGAUUGAUAUGCUCAGUGGCGUCUUCCGCUUGACUGCUCUUCAGAAGACCAAGCUUCAGGAUGCUAUCUCCUCCGCGCGCUCUUCACCUCAGCGUGUCCCUGCUAAGCUGCUCGCUCGUAUCACUGGCCUUCUCGCGUCUAUGAAGCUGGUCACCGGCUCAGUCUCUGGCCUGUUUACUCGCUACCUGCAUCGAGCUCUGAACACCCGCUCUUCCUGGCGCUCGACUGUUUCCCUAGACGCUGCUGCUCUCUCCAAGCUUUCCUUCUGGACCUCAUCUCUUGACCAAUUCUCUGCGCGCCCUAUUUGGCGGCAAUUCUCCCUCGUCCUAGUUCUCCAGUAUGACGCGGGUGCGAACGGCUGGGGAGGACACGUGGUCAUCAGCGGUCAGCAGCAUUUUGCUCAUGGUGCUUGGGCUCCGGACGAGGUCCACGGCUGCCGUUCUUCGACGUGGCGCGAGCUCCAAGGUCUUCACCGUCUUCUGCGUUCUGUUGGUCAUCUUCUUCGCGGGCAUCGGGUGAUCGCGCGCGGUGACGCUCAGAACGUGUUCUGGAUUCUCGACAGGGGUGGCUCUCGGCUAGAGCAUCUUCAGGAAAUCUGCCUCGACAUUUUCUGGCUGUGCCAUAGUCUUCACAUCGACCUGACUCCGGACUGGGUUCCUCGCGCCCAGAAUGAACUUGCUGACUACUUGUCGAAGCUUGUCGAUUACGACGACUUUGGUCUUCAGCCUGCGGCUUUCUCUCAUUUGCUUCAGCAGCUAGGCCCUUUCGACAUAGACUGCUUCGCUAGCGAGCAUAACGCCUUGCUCCCCGCUUUCUUCUCAGAGCUUUGGACGCCGCGCGCGCACGCGGCGAACGCUUUCGCUCAACCCUGGUCAGGUUUUCGCUGCUAUUGCUUCCCGCCGCCCAAGCUCAUUCCCCGCGUACUCCAGCACGCUUUAGAGUCUUGCACCGACAUUGUUUUGGUCGUCCUGGAUUGGCCCGGUCAGUUCUGGUGGCCACUCCUGCGUUCCGGUUCCGGUUGGGCUCCGUUUGUCCGGCGUUCCGUCCGCUUUCCUAUGGGACCGGCUACGCUCCGUCGCGGUUCCGCUACUUCCUUCUUCGGCCACGGCUUUCCCCUCUGCGACGUUUUCGCUCUGGACAUCCCCGUUUCCGGUAAGAUAUUCCGUUCCGUUCUGAUUCUUUUCUUCUCUUCUGCAGACGUCUUCGGUCAGCACGCUUGGUCUCUCGAAGACGCUGGCCUUCCGGCCGAUGAUCCUGUUCUCUCGACUCUCCUGUCCGAACUGCGCGCGCGCGCGUCACAAUCUCGCGCGGAGGGCACAGUUUCGACGUACAGCGGCCAUUGGAAACGUUUCAAAACUUUCUGCCAAGCCCGGGGUGUUCCUUUUCUUCCUGCCUCUCCGCUGACGGUCGCCCUCUACUUCACGUUUUUGCUGCGCUCUGCCAAGACUCCGAGUCCUAUCCUUUCGUGUUCUGGCGCCAUCUUCUUUCAUCAUUCGAUUGCGGGUCUUCCCUCUCCCACUCAGCAUCCGAUGGUCGCGAUGGCGCGCCAGAUUGCGCGCCGCACUCUCACCAAGGGCAAGAAUCAGAAAACUGAGCCGCUCCUGGCGUCCCACAUCUUCCAGCUUUUUGACACGUGGCUCCUGUCUCCCGGCGCUGACCUGGUCUCGGCAAUGAAGCUGGCUGCUAUCUCUCUGUGCUACGCUGGUUUCUUCCGUUUUUCCGAUCUUAUGACCGUUCAGUGGCAGGAGAUUCGCUUUGAGUCUUCGCAUAUGGAGUGCUUCUUGGAGAAAUCCAAGACGGAUCAAUUUCGCGAGGGCCGCUGGGUCCUGAUUUCCCGGGUGGGAGGCGAAAGAUGCAUCGUUCAGUUGGUUGAACGUCUGAUCCACUUUGGCGGCUAUGCCUCUGUCGGGCCGGGUGGCCUUAUCCGCAACAUUGUCUCUACUCCUGUUGGACAGCGGGUCUGCAGCAGCGUCCCCUGCUACAGCACGGUGAACGCGUGGUUCAAGGAGGCCGCCCAGCUUCUCGGCCUGGAUCCUGACCAGUACGCCACGCACUCGGGGCGCCGCGGGGGCGCGACGCGCGCGGCGAACGUCGACGUUCCUGACCGUCUGUUCAAGGAGCACGGUGGCUGGCGCUCCGAGCGCGCGAAGGACGGCUAUGUGGUGACGCGCCU